GAUCUGAUGACUUUUGGAGGAUGGACCGUGACAGUUCUUGUGGGUGUUUAAUACUCCAGUGAAUUUUCACUAACCUUCGUUAAAUAUAUUAUUUGAUUCUUUUAUGUCGCCGAAGAAAGUCCCGACAGGAGAAGUGCUUGUGUUUAAUCACGGAUGUAAAUAUGGAUGGAUCGACUGGUUCCGAUGGCCCUGAUAAAUCAUGGGAUCAUCCUUGGUGUACAGAAGAAAUGAGAUUGAAAAGAAGAGAAUGGAGUCUGGCUGGUGAUGCUGGACUUUUAAAGCAUCUUCAAAGUUUUUCAGAAAAUUUAACCACAAAAGCUAAUCAGACGCAAGGGGCCUUGGAUUCACUAACGAAUAGUUUAAAUGAAACUGCUAUAUUUGUAGAUAAUCUUACCAAUACUUCGUUAGCUUUGGCCAACACACAAUUUAUCGAAAGUCGAGUACAAGAGGACGAUGUAGAAAUCGAAAAACCAGCUGACCAAGUUGCAAAAAAUGUAAAGGAUCAAGAAAUAAGUGCAGCCGAUCUUAUUGCUAGUGUGAACGAAAGUAUCAAGGAAGGAUUACGAAUAGUAGAUGAAAAGUACGACGAAGUGGAAGUUGUUGCUAGUGACAGCGAAGACGAGGGUGAAAAUGCAUUUCCCAGCACAGUUUUGCGCCCAAAGGAUCCGUAUCAAGAUCGCCCUUUGCCAUACGUGAUUGGUUCCGAAAAGUGGAAAUUGUCGAGCAAAAUAGGUUUGGAAUCUAGCAGCAGCGAAUCAGAACAUAUGGACGAAGAAGAUGAAGAAUCGUCGAGCUCUUCGGACAAUAAUGAAAUGGAGAUACCAAAACCGUCGUCGUCGUGUCCCAGAUUGUCUUCCAGCUCGAGCGAAUCAAAUUAUUAUAAUUUGGAUAGCAACAGUGCGAGGGACACUAAUAAUGGAAGUCUGCGGGCUAAGAGUCAAGAUACUUUGAAUGCGGAUUAUGAGCCCAUGACUCCAACUAGUGUGUUGCCAAAGAGUCAGAAUACGAAUAUGGGACCACCAAAUUUCGCCGAGGAAUUGGCGAAAAGACUAGGUAGUUAUCUUCCCUCACAGAAAACAGUAGUUACGCAGGAAGCCGACAAUUCAUCUAUUAAUAAUCGUCCAAAAGAUGAUCUUUUUGCGCAAGAAGACAACGAAGAUGUUUUUAGUAAUAGGUCUGAGAAUUUAUUCAGCGGGGGAGGAGGAUUGUUUGAUGAUGAUCCUUCGACUGCAAAAUGGAACACAACGAGUUAUAAACCAGUCAAUACCAAUAUUAUUCCACCAAGCAUGGACGGACCACCACCAAUAAGCUCUACCUCAACAAAACCAAAGUCUGCCCUCGACGAUUUGUUUGGAGAUGCCGAUUCGGAAGAUUCGGAUGAUAUUUUUUCAACAAAAAGUAAGAAAAUUGUUCCCAAGAGCGAGACAUUUUUGAAGAAUUCAGAAGUCUUGGACAAAAAGUAUCUGACUAGUGGUUUCACGGAGAAUAUAGGAAAUAUGGCAACGAGCACUCCAGAAACUCACGAUGAUGUGCAGAAUCUUUUUGGGGACGAUGAACUCAACGAAAAUGAUCUUUUCAGUACUUCCCAACCACGAAAUCGGCUUAAAUCCGAGACACCUCCGGAUAAGGGAACUAGAAAAAAACCAAUUGGAGGAAUUUCAGUGUUUGGUGGUGUCGACAUCUCCUCUAAAUUGCCAAACAAAAUAUUUCGCCAAAGUUCCUCGGAUUCUUCAAGCAGUGAAACUGCGAGUUACAGCAACACACAAAGCAGUGCAACGAAUUCUGGCACUCAUAAUGCAGUUUUAAAUGAUAAUAUUCCCGAUUCAAGCUCGAUAGUUGCAGCCAGCAAUGAUUCGCAUUCAAAUAGAGACCUCGGAAAUAGCACCAAUAGCAGUGGAAUUUCAAUUCAGCCUUCUAGUAUCAACAAUACGGAUGGCUCGAGUUUAGGGGUGGACUUCCAACCUCAGAUGACAUCGACCCGACUAAAAUCAGAUGAUCUUUAUCGUGAAAGGGCAAUAAGCGACAGUUUGUAUGCCCCACAUUCUCAACUUCCGGAUAGUACAAAUUCAAAUUCAUCCCGGAAUCUAAAUCAAUUGCUCGAAAAUCGAGUCGAAGAAAGUUCCCAUUACCAGGAUAACAUUUUCGAUGACGAAGACGAUGUCUUUGGCCCGCCUCCAUUGCCAAAAGGCGGGGCAAAGUCUUCCAAGCCGAAAGUAAUUUCACUCUUUGAUGACUCAGAAUCUGAAGACGAGCUUUUCUUCAGCGCAAACUCGAAAUCCCGAUCCCAGAAAAGUGUGGAUUGUUCCCCGAAGCCACAGUUUCAGGAUAAGGACAAGGCAAAGUCCUCGAAGAAGAUAAGCCUCUUUGAUGACGAUGAUGAUGAUGAUGAUGAUAUCUUCGGCGCCAAGGACUCUGACACGAAACCAGAAAAUUCCUUGGUGAAAACUACGAGUUUAUUCGACGAUAGUGACGAGGAAGAUUUGUUUGGAUCCAGUUUUUCGAGAAAAGGAACCAGAGAGAGUAUAUUUGAUAAUACGGAUUUACCAACUGAGUCAUUAAAAACGACUUCUUCAAUCAUGGGCAUCACUACCUCGGAUUUCCAGGAAACACUUGAGGAUUCGCAGAAUAUUUUUGCCGCAAGUAAGGGUGGAUUGUUUGACGAUGACAUCGAUGAUGAUGAUCUGUUUGGCGAAAAAGCGCCCUUGUCAGCCAAGCUGGAAGAGGAUCCGAUUGAAAUUCCAACUGAUGAUGGAGACAUCAUCAUUGAGCCGAAAGCAGAAGUCAAAACGCCUCCGAAGAUUCCUCAAAAACCGGACAGUCUCAUUCUGAGUGGAAGUCAAGUUGUCAUUGAGAAGAGUGACAAUGUCGUUGAUGGGGCUUGUGUCUCGAAAAGGCAUCCUCCGAAGACUUUGAAUAUUCGUUCUUCACCGCCGCUGAUAACGGAAGAAUCGAGUCAAGUUCCACGUCGCGAAAUGUCCGGGAAAAUUAAAGAUAUUUCGCGACGUUUGGGUGGUUUGAAAAUUCUCUCGCCCACUGACACGCCUCCGGUUUUGAGAAAAAACGAAGAGAAACCGGAAGAGAGGACGGAAGAGGAAGAGGAAUUUUUGGCAGGUGAUAGCGAAGAUGGAGGUAGUUUGAGUGUACCUAGUUCCGGAAAAGAAACAAGUGUCUCUGUUGAUAGUUUGCCGCGGCAGGAUUCUGCAAAAUCAACGUCAGUCACUAUUGAUGAACUAUUGAUGAAUGUUGAAACAUUAACCACAGCUUCAAAGGAUCGAGUACGAAUUCCCGUAAAACGUCGACCUCAAAGUAGACGUGCUCGACAAACAGCGCUUCGUCAAAGCGGAAUAGAUUUCGAUGCCCCGGACUCGUCAAAGGAUCCUGACCCAGACCCAGAAGACGACGAGAGAGAAAAACAGACCGAACCAAGUUCCGAAACCACAAACGAUUCAAAUGAAAGACUGCAAGUGCCAACCAGAAGAGCCGAUAAGGCCGAAAAUUCAAGAAACACAGAGCUCAGUCUCUCUUUGGCGACCGACACUACAAAUAAAAACACUCUGCUCUCUCCCUCCACCGACGAGGAAGAUUUGUUCGAUGUUCCACCUGAACUGCCCGAAGAUCCGUUCAGGGAGGACUCUUUGUUCGGGAGGGCGCCUAUUAUCGAUGACCUCACUUCCGCAAAAGACGAAUCUGAAGACACAAAUAUGGUAAAAAAUACAAAUAAUUUUGCAGUGGAACUUGAUAAAGAAGAAAAAAAUGCGAUUAAAAGUGUCGAGGAAGAGGAAAGUGAAGCGAAAUUGGCAGAAAGAGUUAUAAGUUCGAUUAAAAAUGAAAAUAAAGAGGAUGAAUUUUGUCAGAGUGAGAUUAAAGAUCCACUCGAUCCUUUGCAUGAUUCUUCGAGCAUUGAUCCCUCUCAACUCUUCGCGUUUGUGACAAAAACGCCCUCGCCGGAGAAGAGCACGGCACUCUUGUUCCAGGAGGAUGACAGUCUUUUUUCGAGUUCUUCGAGUCUGGCGAAAUCGGCUCUUUCCGCAAAGAGGGACAUUUUCGACGAUCCAGGCGAGGAUUUGUUUUCGGCGCCGCUCCUGAAAUCUGGGAGGAAGCCACUGAAUAAAAACCUCAGUUUAUUCGAUGAUGAUCGGAGCGAUGGAGAUGAGGAUUUGUUUGGCGCGAGGACGAAAAAAGUGGAGAAAAUUGAGCCUGAAAGGGCGAAAAGUUCCGAGCAGAGUUCUCUCAGCAGUCAGAAAGGACUUUUCGAAAACGAGAGUGAAGAUCUGUUCGCAGAUGGUCCGAGGAAAAGUGAUGUUGCUGCAAAUAAAAUGAAAAAUUCUGAUGUUCGGGACAUAUUUGGCGAUGAGUCGAGUGGAGAGGAGGACCUUUUUGGCUUCAAGAAGACAAUGGGAAAAAAAUCGGGGACUUUGUUCAAUGAUGGGGAUGAUAUUUUUGGAAAGCCAAGUUCUUCGAUGGCGAAGGCGAGAGAGAGUCGUGCGUCGAUCAAGAAAGCGGUCACGAGGGAUUUGAAAAAAACUGCUGAGCAGAUUGUUGAAGAUCCUUUGAGUACGCUUCGGGAGGAUUAGUGAAAAUGUGUGCGAUCGGGGUGUCUAGAGGAUCGGAAAAUCGGGAAAAAUAAGAGGAAUUUUAUCUAGAAUUGGGAAUUUUUUUUCUUUUAUUAAAUAUUUUUUCUUUGUUUAUAGUCUUUUUUAUAUAUUUUUUUAUUUAGUUGAGAGUUAGAGAAAAGAUAAUAUAGUUUUUUGAGGAUUGAUCUUUUUUUUAAUUUUAAUUAUAUGAGAGCUUAAACUUUUUUUCUGACUUAAAAAGGUUGAAAGUUAUGAGAAUUAUUUAUAAAAGAAACGAGGAUGAAGAAAAAUUAUAGAAUGCAAAUAAAUAUAUAUUCUUAAUUGAUUUUGAUAGAAAACUCAG